AUGUCGAUGUUGGUCUUGAUGUUUGUUCUUUUAGUGUGGGUUUUCCGUGUCUGUCAGUUCCCUGGUUGCAUCGCAACUAGCACCAAUUCGAAGGAUACCACGGCGUUCUCGGCACAUGCUGAUCAGAAAUCAUUCAACCUUACCGACACCCGACUGGCAAUCGUGAUUUUCAGCUGUCUUACUCCGGUCGGUGGCCAUAUUAACCUCGUGUUCCCAUCGGCUAAUUCAGAACAAGUCUCUUGUCUUGUGUGGAAAAUUGCGUUCAUGUUUACUCCAUAUCUGGAUGGCUUGAAAUUGAAUCCAUUUGAAACUUUUAUGAUGGUGAUUGUUGGAUCAUUAAUCAUUGUCAUUGUGACACUUCAAUCUCAAAUUCUCAGAAAGUACCAAAAAGCCAUUUUGACUUGGAGACGGCGAAUACUGACUCAAGACAGUACUAUAAAGCAACAGCAACUCAUGAUUGACAAUCACCUCAGUGUUAUGAAAGAGCAGGCUCACGUCAUGGCAAAUCAACAUGAUACCAUUGAGCUGCAAGCGAAAAUCAUCUUAGAGGAAACCAACUUUGCCGAAACGCAAAAUCGUUAUGUGGAAUUGAUUGAAUCUAAUAACGCAAUCUUGGAUCAAACAAUCAAGCAUCAAAAAGAUACCAUUGGAUACCAAAAUGAAUCGAUGAACACACAAGAGCGGUGUCUCACCGAGUUAUUGCGGUUCAUUCAGCCUCAAAUAGAGCUGGAUUCAUUCCGGGAGCUGUGGAAUGAGCUCAUUCGAAUUAUGGAGGAUUCGUCACCGUCCAGUAACUCAGGCCUGGACACUGACACCGAAAAUGAAUAA